AUGCCUGCAUACCACUCUAUCUUCCUCGAGGACCGCGAUGUCCCCGUAAUCGGCAACUUUCCUGUCCUCCCCCUCCGCACCCGCACUCGCGGCCCCGCAUACACUCUCCCCCCGCUACCGCCCAAUACCUCCGAUGCCGAUGUUCCCCCAGACCACGAGUCCUACGACUGCGUCGAUGAAAUCCUGUCUCUAUUCCGCGCCAAUGUUCUCUUCCGAAACUUCGAGAUCAACGGCCCUGCCGACCGGAUGCUCAUCUACGGAACUUUGUUUAUCAGCGAAUGUUUGGGGAAGGUCCGGCCGUCGAUGUCGAGCCUGGAAGCUAGCAAGGCCCUGAACAACGUCGCCCUGGAUCAGUUCGCUAUUCCUGGCGAUGCGUCGUUCCCCCUGAACCAAGCCUUCGAGCCGCCCCGGGAUCGUCAGGAUGCCGAAGGUCUCAGAGCGUACCUCUCCCAAGUCCGACAGGAGAUCGCCAUUCGCCUACACGCUAGAUUAUACCCCGGUGGAGUCGGUCCUUCGAAGUGGUGGCUUAGCUUCGCCAAGAGAAAGUUCAUGGGCAAGAGCUUCUAG